GCCAAACGCGGUUGUUAAGACUCAGAAACAAGUUGGUCGGUCGCGAUCUGCAUUUAAAGGUUAAGCUUAUUUUCAGUUAACGUACUGCUAGUUAGUUAAAGCACUGUUUACAUAUUCUUAUAUUGUAAACUUUGAGAAAAUGGCAUUAUAUCAUCGAAACAGUGAGAAGAGGCGAAUAUUUAAUGAACUUCGAAGACAGCAAGAAGAGGUUAUAGGAAGCUUAUGCCGGCUAGGAAGUCGACCUCCUUCACCAAAGACGCAGAUGGAGCAAGAGAAGCGAAUCCGUCGAGAAAUAGCCAACAGUAACGAAAGACGCAGGAUGCAAAGUAUAAACGCUGGAUUUCAAUCACUCCACGCUUUGUUGCCACACCACGAGGGAGAAAAGCUUAGCAAGGCUGCCAUACUACAACAAACGGCUGAAUAUAUUUAUCAGUUGGAGCAGGAGAAAGCCAGACUGUUAGCUCAGAAUUGUCAGCUAAAAAGGCUACUCAGUUCUCAGAUGAACAUGGAGAGCGAUGGAAAUAGUUCGGAUUCGCCUCUACCAAAACGCAAGAAAACUGAUACAGAAUCUUCCGAUGAAGGGAUAGGAAAUAUGAGUCCAGCAGGCGAUGCUGACAAUGCACCAGAAGAGAUGAAGAGAGAAAUGAUUGAUCUGCGAGUCCAGCUAGACAGGGAACGCAAGAUGCGAAUAAUGCUUGAAGAACAAACACAAAACUUAGAAACCCUCAUUUAUCCUGGUCAGGCUCAAGAAGUUGACCCUCACAAUCCAGUAGAGCAAUCAUCACCAAAACAGUACUCGUUUAUUUGUGCCGAGGGUAAUUCUUCCACUCCAAUUAUUGAACUAAAACAAAGUGAGGGCAAUUCAUCCGAGGGUCCUGUGCUUCUCUCCAAAAGGUCAUAUUAUCAUGUGGACCUUCCCGAAGAUUUGUCUGGGAAAUCCCCAACUCCAAUAGAGCCAACAUCUUCAUCAGAGUUGGAUAUUCUGGAUCCUUCUGUUAGAACCUCAAAAACAACUUCAAACGCCACUGAACUUUGUAGAUCAUCUCUAAGGCCAACCAGGGCUGAGAAAUCUGCUCAUGAUAUUGCAUCAGCUCAACCCUACCCAGCAAGCAGCACUUCUCGUCAAAACUUAGAGACUAUCGUGGAAGCCAUUCGACACCUAGAAGGUGACCAUAUGUUUCGAGAUGAUCCUGAGCCUCUGAAAAAUCUUCAGUCUCAGAUAACAAUAUCCGAUAGUGUUUCUUCUCAUGAAUUCAAACCUGCAUUUUAUCAUGUGCAUCAGAGAGCCAACAUCAACAACGUUCACCACCAGGUUAUUCACUGUUCUUCUGUGACACAAGCACGACCAGGUGUGAUCGUUAGCAAUCAUUCAUAAUUGCCAUUUUGUUCUCAUGCUUAUCACUUUUGAGUCCUAUUUGUAAUUUUUUUCCUCUUGUAAUAAUAUUUGUCAUCUGUAUAAUUUCCCAAACCUAUGGAGCUUGUUUUAAUUUUGGGUGCCUUUUCUUGGCUCAUAUUGGGUGAAAAUGUAAUGAUUUUGUAACAAAAAAAAAAAACACAAAAAAAACCAUUUGUAUUAUAUUAUUCACCAUUUCAUACCUGUAUUGUUACAUAUUAUAAAAAAUACUUAUCAUUUAAAACGCUGUUGCAAAUGUACAUAGAAAUAUAUUUAUGAAGAAUCUUUUUUUUUUUUUCCAGAUCAUAUUUUCUAAGAUAUACUUUUACUUUGUUGUUAUAUAAGAGUAGAGUGUGGAAUUAAAUUAAAUUUAAUUAAAGAUUUAAUUAAACAAAAAAAACCACAUAAACUCUUAAUCAGUAGAUUUGUUAAUGUCCAAUAUUUUUCUCAAGGACUGAAUGCAUAAAUUUUCCCUCGAUUUAGUCCUUUAAAAAGACUUAAGUUAAAAUAUUGGACACUUACAAGUUAAUUCAUCUUGGCUUAUUAAUUUUUGGUGGUAGAAUAAGUUGAUUUAAAAGCAUUGCCAUAUUGUUUGUAGUUAUUUAUUGUACUCAACAUCAUAAAAACUUCAGUUGUCAUCGUGACUGAAUGAAUAAUAUUUUAUUCAAACUUUAUUAUACUCAUCUUUUUUAUUAAAGUAGGUAAAUUGACCGUUAAGAUCCUCAUUCCCAAAAUAUACUGUGUACACGUGCAAGAGUGUUGAACAAGAUAUAGUUUAAGGCUUAAAUCUACUCCACGUUUCAUCUAAGUUGUGUAUAGUUUGUCAAUAAAAUUAGCUUUUCAUGUAUUGUGCUUGAAUGUGGAAAAAUGCUAGAAAAUAAAGUAUCAUAAAGUUAUAAAUUCCAAUCAAAAUAUGUUUGAGGUAUAGUCUAGGUGAUGUAUUGCUUGUUUCUUGUGUUCAUUAAGGUGCUUAAAAAAUGUAGAUACACAAAUAUCUUUUUGAUCAUCAUUCUCUUAGUGGAUGUAAACAAUGAAAAUGUGGAAAUCUGGUGCACAUUAAUGUUACCAAUUCAACUGUUGGCAUUCAGAGUUUGCCCUAAGCUUUUUUUGUUUUCAAGUUUAAACCAAGUUCAGUUAGUAGAUAAGAUGUGGUUACGAUUAUCCAAUACAUUGUACGUGUAUACCUCAUUUCUUGAAACAAUUUUAAAUAUGGUUUUAUAUGCAUAUUCUGUUUGUAUUGUAUUGCGUGUACGUUCACACAGACAAAUGAUAAGACAUUUUGAAUACAUUAAGAGCUAAAACAUGAUCCAGAAACAAUAAAUAAUUAAUGAUUAACUUUCAUGAUCAGAAAUACAUGACUGAAUCUAUCAACUUUGGUAUGGGGACUAUGACUAAUAGGUUGCUUAGUAGUGUAAAAUUUAAGUUGGGGCGGUUUGUCCUACAGUCCAACAUGAGUAAGGAUGUAACCAACCUGUUGAAAUGCAGAAUAAACGUAAAUUUUUAGUUUUAUCAGUAAAACAUUUUGGAUUACAAGUAGUUUAAAUUCCGUAUUUAAACUGAAAAUGAUUUCGUAUGGUUCCAAAAAAUUCUCAGCCUAUUAGGUCCAAAGUAAUUUUGGAUGUGUAUAAUCGAAAUAAAUUAUUAAACUUAAUAGUUUGUAAUUUCCACACAUGUACAGCGUUUUUUGGUUGUUGUUUUGUUUUUUUCUAGCCUAGCUAUUCACAAAUAUGUCUGGCUAAAAAUAUUUAGGUUUUGUAAAAAUUGACAGAGAAUUAUCAUGAAAUAUCUUUCUUUUGUUCCAUUGUAGAAAUUCUGUUAUUUUGGAUUUAUAGUUUAGUUGAUGUUUUAAGUUGUUUUUUUUUUCUUUUUGUUAGAGUUUGAAUUUGAAUGGAAAAUAUCAAAGAAAUUGCUGACUAAAACUGAAACAUUCCAUUCAUUCAGUCUUUGUUAAACCAAUCGAAUGUUAAUUAAGAGAGAAAAACAUUGAAAUUUAAAAAUAUUAUUACAGUUGCUUUAAAGUAAUAUAAUUAUGA